UAUGCUGCUGGCAGCAUACCGAAGCAUCACCGUUCAUCGCGCGUUCAUUUCACUCUCGUGCGUCGUCCGGUGCGGUUGUGGUACGGUUGUGUGUCUUGCGAACCAGCUUUGUAGGUGCUCCAAGUUCAGUCGCGAAGGGUUUUCAGGAGAUUGCGAUGUGCCAUCCUACCAAACAACAGGAGUAGCAGCAUUAACAACAACAACAGCGGCAAAAAACGCAUUUGAAAGGAUUACGCGCGGUGCGUUUUUCGAUAAAGGAAGUGUGUGUGUGUGCGCGCUCGUGUUUGUAUCUCUGUGUAAAAGUGCUCGUUGUGCUCGGUGUUUAUUGCUUUCGUGAAAAGUGAAGUGUGAGCUUUUCCGGUUGCCAUUGCCUCAUCCCACACCCACCUGGCUGGCGCUCGGUUUGGGAGGUUUUUGUUUUUCGCAGACUUCGCUUUCCCAUCGGUGCCAACGACGGCCUAGCCGCACGUGCUCCCGCCCAAGGAAGCGAAGGAAAAAUCCCGAAGGGUGUGCACACUCGUUCCGGUGGCGAUUUUGUUGUAACGCGUUUGCCGGGAAAGCUAGUCCCGCUUGCUUGGGGCAACGGGACCGGGUGGUACGUGCGUUCGCCGACGGACGGGUUGCAGUGCAGCGUGAAAAGCACGGAAAUUGCAUCAGAGCGCAGAGUGGAGCGCGAGCCUGUUCGCUUCGGAUGUGCUACUGAGCAAGCGCGAGCAGACAGCAAACAGCCGACGAAGAAGCGACGCAUCCUCCGCGGGAUCGGCGUGCGUGUGUGUGUGUCCAGAAGCAAUCGAAACCAUCACACAUCACCACCACCACACGAUGGGCGUACAGCAGUACGUGCUGUUUGCGGUGUUGCUGGUGCCGCUGAGUGCCCUGAUCGGGGGCGCGUACGGUGGUUCCUGCCGGGAGGCCACCCUCUGCUGCAACGGGCGCGAUUCGUCGUGCGUGGUGCAGAAGGCACCGCUGAACGCGAUCAUCGAGGAUCUGAACGAUAAGCCGUGCUACUGUGAUCACGCCUGCCUCAAGCUGGGCGACUGCUGCGACGACUUCAAAUCGCACUGUGGAGUGAUCGACUGCAUCGUCAGUGAAUGGGGCCAAUGGAGCGAAUGUGACACGGCCUGCGGCAACGGUAUGAUGUCGCGCACUCGCAUCAUCGAGCAGAAACCGCAGAACGGUGGCAAACACUGCCCUUCGCUGGUGCAGAAGCGGGGCUGCCAGGGCCUGAAAUGUCACAACCAUCACGACCGGAAGGCACUGCGAGAAACGGCACUGCUGCUGCCAGCCGCCCUGUCCAAGAGCCGCCACGAGAACGAUACCAGCGACAUUCGGCGAAAUCUACGAUUGCGCUACAAGAACGCAUUCAAGCACAACCGAGGAAAUGAGUACUGCGUGGAGUUCGAGGUAAUCAAGGCGACCAAGGCAUGCCACAAGGACAACGUGUACCGCGGGCUGGCCGAGGGCGAGCGGGUGAUCGUGCGCUGCGACCUGGAGGCGCUGCACGAAGACAAGACGGUCGACACGCUCGCGAGCAACUCGGUGCAGGACGACGAGGAGCCGGACACGCCCAAGUACCGCUGCCGGGGCGACGGGCUGACCGGACGGAACACCCGCUUCACCACGCUGGCCCUGCCGGCCUGCCGGGGCAAGUGGAUGCGCCUGACCGUGGGCCAGCCGAAGAAGUGUCCCUCCAGCGACGCUCAGUUCAUUUUCGUCUAAGUGUGUGCGCGUAUGGGUCCUUGUGUUUGUGUGCGUUAUCUACUUCUCUUUAAUAUCCCCUUCCCAUCCUUCCUCGAAAACCGUCUUCCACCUCCCUGGAAAAGCUCCUUGGAUCACUAAAGCCGCUUUGUUUUGACGGGUUGGCAUAUCCGCAUAUCACCUUUACCCUGUGAUCCAGCUCAAAGCUUAUCUCGGCACUCGACAGAAACACUCGGUUGUAUGUGUUUUUUUAUUCAUAUACAAAUUGUCCUUUAUUUUUAUUUCCUCUCCAGGCAAUCCCCUCUUUGCGUGCACUAAAGCAAUAGCAAAAAUAAAACAAACACUCACAACACCCAGCGCAAAUUGGAAAGGUCGGGCGUAUAGGCGUAGAUACUAACACGAUUAAGUAAAUUGUACUUCUCUCUACCAACACACAGGCACAAACGGCCACACUCUACACCCACAGCUUCACUGUCAGCUGCUACUUCAAAGGGCAAAGGGCGGAAGCAAAACCGUUUCUUAAGAUUAACACUAACGAAUAACCA